CUCCUCCACCAAUGUUUCCGGGCUCUCCAGCCCUCCCCGGCCCUAGCCAUGGCUCAGGAGACUAAAAACCAGGACCCCAUCGGAACCAUCUUAAUCCAGGUCCAUGAUGACCUUCAGCAAUUAAAGGAGAAAUUAGCCGACUUCCCAUCUGAAGAAGGAGAGACCCUAGACAUUCAGAAUCUUAAAACAGCAAUCAAACGGACUGAAAUGGGGUUAAGAAUUCACAUUGAGAAGUAUUUAAAUGUUGUAAACCAUCAAGUGUUAACGACUCCCAUUAGUGAGAAUAAGUUAUUUUCUCCCCACACUUCCCAAUGGUUGAUUCCAACUGUAAUUGAUCAGAAAUUAUUUAUUUUCCCUUUGGAAUCUGAGGGUAAACUUUGGCCACCCCAAAGACAGUGUGUAUUUCCACAUGCCUUUCCAAGAACAAAGCGAAAGAUAGGGUUGGAUGUAAAAAUCAUGCAGGAUCCUGAAAACCUCCGCCACAGAGCUGCUGUCAAUGCGAACUAUGGAAUCAGUUUGCCAAGUAUUAAUCAGAGAAAAGCCUGUGUUUGGUUUAAGAGCACUUGA